AUCCAACAACAGGGUUUGAUGGAUUAGCUGAAAUUCUGGAGAAUGGUCUUUAUGAGCUUAAUAUUGUUGCUGAUGAUGGAAGUCUAGAAGAAGUGACAGACACGUUACUAGAUUGGUAUUAUGAGUUCCUUGAAGGUAACUACCAAAGGGUUGAGAAAUUGAGAGCUACUACUUCUCAGAGGAAGGCCAGUGUUGAUACAAACAUGAACGGUGAUCAAACCACAGACAUGAUGGUGGAUGCAUCUGAGGAGAAACCAGAAGCCAUGCCUGUUAAUGAACCAAAAGCCGAUGAUGGCUGGACUACAGUGCCAUGUAGAAAAAACAAGGGCAAGAGAAGAAACUAA